CUCACCAUUUGUGAUCAUCCAUUCAUCCCCAUCUCAAUUAUAUGAAUAUGAUGAAAAUGAGGCUGAGCCAAUUAUGUGUAUUUGCAACACUUUCAGUUCUUGCUAUAUUACUGAUCCCAAGUGUCUUGGCCGAACAAUGCGGCAAGCAAGCCAGUGGUGCACCGUGCCCCUCUGGGUACUGCUGCAGCAAUUAUGGUUGGUGUGGGACCACCGGUGAUUAUUGUGAUCCCGACAAGUGUCAAAGCCAGUGUCCUUCACCGUCUCCUCCGCCUCCUCCAUUCACUCCUCCUCCUCCUCCGCCUCCGCCUCCUCCAUUCACUCCUCCACCACCCACUCCAUCCGGUGCAGAUAUUACCGAAAUCAUUACUCGUGAAUUAUUUGACCAGCUGCUUUUGCGUCGGAAUGAUGAUAGGUGUCCUGCUAAGGGCUUCUACAACUACGAUGCCUUUGUUCAAGCGGCGAGGUAUUUCCCUGGUUUUGCCACCACUGGUGACAUUACUGACCGUAAAAGGGAGCUUGCUGCGUUCCUGGCUCAAACAUCGCAUGAAACUAAUGGUGGUUGGCCAACUGCAGAAGACGGGCCAUACGCAUGGGGUUACUGCUUCAAGAGAGAACAAGGCAACCCUGCAGACUUGCCUUCUUACUGUACUGAAAGUGCUGAGUGGCCAUGCGCUCCUGGCAAGAAAUAUUAUGGACGAGGCCCCAUCCAAAUAUCAUAGAAUGGAUAAUAGAGCAGUAUUGUCUUGAUCAGAAACCAUUGGGGUAAGAAAAUCAAGGGCAGGAUGGUCUUCAUUGCCUUCCGAGGAGCAUAACAGGUUUUGGAAAUAGUUGAUACCGGCAUUUGCAAUCUCAUGUUUA